AGGUGAUCAAACCCCGCGAACUUCGCAUCACGGUGCCGCUCGGCGCUGCGGCGGCAGCUGUCCCACGAAACGACUUCCACAGACAUCUCGUCUUGCGUCCCUCCUUGGUCCCUCCCAUGAUCCUCCUUGUCCGAAGGGCCACCAUGACCGACGAGAAGCCUCUAUUUGCAGCCGACAAACAACCUCCCCGCGAUGCAAUUCCACCGCCUGCUGUCGCGGCGCAGCUUCCGGUGCGCGACCGGAAGGCACUUAGGCGGAAGCUCUUCGUUACGAGCGUAGCACUUUGGGCUCUCGUCUACUUCAUCUGCAAUCGCCAGAUUAUCAGGGAGCUGGACGCUCAACAGGGAUACUGGCUCACGCAAGCACUCAACACGGGGCGUCCUCAGCACAGGCUCAACGAACGCAAGGUGCCGUUUGGGAAGCUGGCAGAGCAGGAGUUUCUGUCCGUGCCAAACCCUGCGAGUGCCCUCGCUGCCUCUCGGCAGUAUGCAACAACUCCGCAUCUCGCUGGUUCUGAAGGCGACUACAAGACCGCCACGGACUUCCUCGCCCUCCUCCAGCGCGAGCUUGGCAUCCCCAUCCCUGGCGCCGAACCUGUCUUCUCCGCAGGCUCGUUCGAGUCCCGCAAUGCGACCCUCGGUAUCACGGCUCUCGAUGCGCCGACGGCAUGGAUCGAUGUGUACUACCCGGUGAUGAACACACCCCUCGACAGAAGCUUGCAGAUCCUGAGUCAGGAUGGGGACGCGGUGUGGACUGCGGAGCUGGAGGAGGUUGCGGACGAGACGGAUCCAGAGGCGGGGAAGUAUGCGGACGCUGUGCCGACGUUCCAUGGGCUCAGCCGAGGCGGCGAGGCGGAGGGCAAACUAGUGUAUGCACACUAUGGGAGGAAGCAGGACUACGACGAACUGGAUGCAAAGGGCGUGGACCUGAAUGGAGCGAUCGUCCUCACUCGGUAUGGUGGCAUCUUCCGAGGUCUGAAAGUCAAGGGUGCGCAAGAACGCGGCGCUGCUGCUUGUCUCAUUUACUCGGACCCCCGCGACGACGGUACUGUCACCGUUGAGAACGGCUACGAGGCCUACCCUGAUGGCCCCGCUCGCAACCCGACCUCUGUCCAGCGUGGAAGUACCCAAUUCCUCUCCAUCUACCCAGGUGAUCCCACGACUCCCGGGUACCCUGCGUAUGAGAACAGCACGCGCACGGAAGGCACCAACAUCCCGGAAAUCCCUAGUCUGCCGAUCUCAUGGGCUAAUGCGCAGGUACUCUUGGAGGAGAUCGAGGAAGGCGGCGAGAACAGGACUAUCAAGCUAGUCAACCACGUGGACGACAGGGUCAUCCCGAUCUGGAACACGAUGGGUGUGAUCCCCGGGCACAUCAGGGACGAGGUAGUGGUCGUUGGUAAUCAUCGUGACGCAUGGGUCAUGGGCGCGACAGACCCGUCCUCGGGAACCGCCUCUGCCCACGAAGUCAUCCGUGGGCUAGGCGCACUACUGAAGCUGGGAUGGAAGCCUCUCAGGACCAUCUUCAUCGCAAGCUGGGAUGCCGAAGAGUAUGGUCUCAUUGGAAGCACUGAAUGGGGCGAGGAUUUCGCAGACUGGAUCGACGAGCACGUCGUUGCCUAUCUCAACCUCGACUCCUCCGUCUCCGGUUCGCGCUUCUCUGUCUCUGGCUCGCCCUCUCUCGCGCACUUCCUCCGCUCUGCCGCCGAGACCGUUGCGCACCCGACCAAGCCUGGUCUCACGCUCUGGGACGCGCGCAAUGACCAGGGCCCACUCUUCGGAAGGACGGGAGACCACUUCGACGUGGAGGCGAAGGCAAAUUACGAGGACGAGCUCGCGCAGAUGGCCGUUGACGAGCUUGGUGUCGGUGUCCUGGGUUCGGGAAGUGACUACACGGUGUUCUUGCAGCGGAUUGGGGUCGCGAGCACGAAUAACGGGUUUGGCUCGACGAGAUCUGAUCCUGUGUACCAUUAUCACUCCGUGUUCGACUCGGAGAGGUGGCAGGAGCUGUAUGCCGACCCUGGUUUCUUGCGCCAUGUUGCAGUAGCCAAGUUCCUGGGGCUCCAGACACUUCGUCUGGCCGAUGCCGUUGUGCUGCCGAUCAACACGACUCACUAUGCAGCGCAGCUCGACAAGUACUUGGACGGUGUCGAACAGCUCGCGGAGACCUCGUCCCUUGCUGUCGACUUCUCCUCUCUUCGGGCCUCUAUCGACGCCCUCCAUGACGCCAGCGCCGCCCUCGACAAAGAGAAAGCGGAGGCGGAACGCGAGCUCAUCCAACUUGCCAGGCGUAUCGCGCUGCACAGAGCGAUCAAGCGCCGCGCACGCGAGGCGUGGUGCACGAUCCGCAAGGUCUUCCACAAGCCAUGUCAGGAAGAUUUGUUCGAGCGGCCGAUGCAUCACCCCGGACACAGGGUGAACAAACACAAGCAUGAGCAGGAUGUCGUGGAGCCCAUGCUCCAGCGCAUGACAACCAAGCGGGAAGGCGAUGUCCAAAAGACCAAGCCACGUCUUGGGCUUGCCCCCGCGCGGCUGAGCGAGGAGCGCGAGCGGAGGAAGCGCGAGAUGGAGCGUGCUGGUCCUGAGGGUACCCGUAGCUGCCACGCCCACAAGGCCAUGGACAGCGUCGACGGACGCCUGCGUGAGAAGUUCAUACAGGCAGCGAAGCGCGUCCGCGCGGUGAACAAGAAGCUCGCCGGGUUUGAGCGCGGGUUCAUUCACCCAGAUGGGAUCAAGGACCGCGAGUGGUACCGCCAUCUCGGUGUCGCCCCCGGGAAGUGGCUUGGCUAUGGGGCUACUACGCUCCCCGCCUUGACGGAGGCAAUCACGUUUGAGAAUAACACAACGCUGGUGAAGUACGAGGCGGACAGGCUAGAGGCGCUGUUUGACCAGCUUGCCGCUGAAAUUCAGCCCUAAGCUGGUGUCCAGCGCGGGCGGAGGACGGGAUAGGAAGAUGCAAUGAUGUAUGUGUAUUUUGGAUUGUACGUGUGUGCUAGGAAGGAAUGUCAUGCAAGCUAGCUUCCAUUGCAGCCUAAUUGGCAGUUUGUCUCGCCAACAGGCUCGGUCAUG